UUCCCCAUCUCAUUUCUUGCAAGUUAUUCCUAUAGAGAAGCCAUCUUCUGCCCUUUUUCAUUGCAGUGCUGCACACCAGAUAAGAACUCCUUCAAUUUAUCUCACUACAGCCCAUCUGCCUAAUUUUCCUACUACCAUUAAACGCAAAGAGCACGAGCAGGACCAAACGAAAUGUACACGAUUCCCUUCACACAGCCUUCGGCUCAAGAACCAAUACAUUCCCAUCAACAAAGUGUCUCUUGGCACCCACAGCACCAGCAGCACCAGCAGCACCAGCAGCACCAGCACCAGCACCAGCAGCACCAGCAACAGCAGCACCAGCAACAAAUCUCUACGAGCGCUCCCUUUUAUCACGGUGCUCAGCAGCCCCAGGAGAUUGCGUAUCUGUUGCAGUCAGAGCUCCACCAGCCUCAGUAUCACCCGCGGAAUGACCAUCAACACUCAUCUAUCCCACGCAUGUCCUCUCAGGUUCUUCGGAUUUCUCAGGAUCCUCAAGUAUACCACCAACAUAAUACUCCGCCACAGUCUAUUCACCAAUAUUCACCGCAAUACACACAACAAGCACAUCAAGCACAAGUUUCGUUUGAGCAACAUGGCCUCCAACCUCCUCGAUCUUACGGCCACCAGGACUCUGCGCAGCAACAACUCUCGCACUACUGGGAGCAGCAGCCGUCGCUAAACCAGCCGCACCAGGCCUCUUCGCGAUACCUAGUUCAUUCCGAAGCUCAGACUCCAGUAUCUGCGGACCUCGUGUGGACCGCCGCUGGUUCCAGUUCUAAGAGUAUGCCGUUGACCCACGGGGACCUAAACCUGAUGUCCAUGGGAGUGAGUCCAGCACAGAUCUACACCCUUACCUCGUGUCCCAUUGGCAACGAUCACGCUGUAACUGGCGACGAUAGUGAGAGCCUAGGAGGCUCGGACGAAGACGACCAUGAGGCACGACUACAGCUCAGCAGAGUGCCCUACCCAAGCUCCACGCCGCCACUCAGUCCACUGAGUCCACAUAUCGGAUCCCAGCCAGGCACACCCUACCACGGUCUUAUCCAGUCCAUGGCCGCCAUGACCACCUCCGGGCCCAACUCAAAUUUUGGCCUGGGAUCCCCCAUCAGUUUCAGCUCCUAUAGUUAUUUCGGAGAUGUCGAACAAGGCGAAAAUGCCAGCCCUAGAGUCAAGCAUGAACCAGCCUCAAGUGAAGAGCCUCAAGGCUCUUUCGAGGAGGAGCAGGAGGGCGAGGAAGAGGAGGAGGAAAAGGAGGAGGAAGAGGAACGUCUCUUUCAAUGUGCCCAAUGUCAAAAGAAGUUCCUUCGCCAGUACAAUCUCAAUGCCCAUCUCAAGACACAUUCUCUCAACCGCAUCUACCGCUGUGACCAGUGCGAAAAGUCGUUCCUGAGGCCGUACGAUCUCUCAAGGCACCAGCGGAUCCAUUCCAAAGAGAAGCCAUACAGUUGUACGAUAUGUUCCUUGGUCUUUAUCCGAAACGACGCCAUUUGGAGGCAUUAUCGAAAAGCCCACCAGGGUCAUCCGGACGUACCAACUUCUCGGAGAGAUAGAUCGAAACAAAAGAGUGUCGCGGCAGCCCUUGCAUUUUCUCGUGAGCGUGUUGCUGUUGCCUCUUUUGCGAAAUCGAAACCAGCGUCGGCCAGAAUCAAGGUCAACGCCAGAAUCAACAAGACUGCUACCGUUGCUAUCUCAGUUGCGGCUCGGGAAAAGGAAUCUUCCCCGGCCUGUGCAUUCGCAGUUUAGGCUUCAUCUGUAAAUAUUUACCGCACUGAGCGCUAUUGUCUUUCAAACGGUGGUCCAAUCUUGUACAUACGCCAACCAUUGCUUAGACCAGAGCACAUCAAGUAUAUAAAGGCAUGU